AUGGGUGACUGGAGCCUUCUGGGGAGACUAUUGGAUGCCACACAGGAGCACUCUACCGUCAUCGGCAAGGUCUGGCUGACAGUCCUGUUCAUCUUCAGAAUCCUGGUGCUGGGGGCUGGGGUGGAGGAGGUGUGGGGAGAUGAGCAGUCAGACUUCACCUGCAACACACAGCAGCCCGGCUGUGAGAACGUCUGCUACGAUAAGGCCUUCCCCAUCUCCCACACACGCUUCUGGGUGCUCCAGAUAAUCUUCGUGUCCACGCCCACCCUCAUCUACCUGGGGCACGUGCUGCAUAUCGUGCGCAGGGAACAGAAAAAGAAAGAGCGUGGUGAAGAGCAGCUGAAGGGAGACAGUGACCAUGGCCAGGACAGGGCCCUGGUGAGGGACGACCGAGGCAAGGUCCGCAUUUCCGGGGCCUUGCUCGGGACCUACGUCUUCAGCAUCAUCUUUAAGAUGCUGUUUGAGGUGGGCUUCAUCGUUGGACAGUACUAUUUGUAUGGCUUUCAGUUGAAGCCAAAGUAUACCUGUGACCGGUCGCCCUGCCCCAACACCGUGGACUGCUUCAUCUCCAGGCCCACAGAGAAGACCAUCUUCAUCAUCUUCAUGCUGGCGGUGGCCAGCCUGUCCCUCCUUCUCAAUGUGCUGGAGCUCUACCACCUCGGCUGGAAGAAGCUUAAAAAGGGCAUGACCAACUCUGUUACCCCAGGCACCCCUGAAUUCAGGAUGAGGGCCACCAACCCUGGGGGUGUGAGCCCACCCCCCUCGUAG